CGGAAGGGGGGGUUUCCGUCGGAGGCGGCCCUCGCUCUAGAGGCAGGGAAGUCUUUGACAGUGACAUGAGAAGGAACUACUAAAAGCAGCGGUGUUCAGACCAAGGCAGCUCCAGAGAUCCAACGUUGAUUUCGAGAGAGAAAGUGUGUGAAUGAGAAAGACUUCUGAGGACUACUGUUUCUUCUUUGACUUCUCUCUCGGCGGGCUCGUCUUGUUCUUAAUCUAAUUCGUGUAGCCUAUACUCUUUGAGACCUAAUCAAUGCAUCAUCAACUGAAAGAUGCAGCCAAGAGGCUGCUGCGCUGGCUGCGCUCACGGGAAUCCUCGGAGCCGGACAGCAAAACACCCGAGAUGGAAGUAGAGGAAGGGAAAGCCUUGGCACAUCGGUUCCAGGUGAUCGAAUCAUGUGUGGGACUGCUGGGCUGUUUGUGUGUGUCCUACGCCGUGUGGGCUCCUGGCUGGCUAGAUAGCCAAGGACUCUGGACCAUGAUCAACAGCACCAGCUCCAACAGCGACUGGACAAGAGAGCACAUGGUCAAAGCGCUGGAGUCUGAGCAGGUGUUUGCCGUGCUGGCCUUCGUGAUGUCGGUCUGCUCGGGGUGUCUGUGCCUCGUGUUUGCCCUCUGCUGGAGAUAUGAGACGGUGCACUCAUACUCCAACACGCGCUCUCUUCUGAUGGCAGGAACAGCUCUCUUCCCCACUACUCUGCUGCUCAUCACCCUCACCUCAACAGGUUUUUUCUUCAUCCUCUCGUGGGCACUCUUUACUCACCAGCAUCUGGCAGAGAUCCAAGAGGACAUCUCCCGUCUGGGCUCCUCCUAUUGGCUGGGGGCUGUUGGCUGGGCCCUCCUAUUGGCCGUGGAGCCUGUCGUGUUUCUGGUGGAGCAAGUCAUGGUACCGGACCUCCUUCCUUACAUGAUGCCGUCUGUGGGCUUAAGCACCGAAGGCUACAACACCAUCUUUAUGGGGCGCUCACACAGCGAGGGCCAUAACGCCAGGCGGCCGCAGAAGCAGCGGGGUUUCACGUCACUGUCCCUGAACCCCCAUCACUCCCUCCGCAUGGAUGUGUGAUGGCUUGUGCGUAGUCACACUCACGAGCUGUGGCAGAGGCCGGGAGGUACAGAGCUGUGUUCAUGCAAUGUGUAAAACUCACUUGCCGACACCUUGAGACAAGUGCGAGGGUGCUACUGACGCUAGACCCUGUGGGGUUUAAGCCGGCUUGCUAGCACGCCUGCUUACCGUGUCAGGACUUUGCAGGAUUUCCCCGCAGUGCAGGACUGGGUUUCUCCCUAUACAGGUUACCGAAGCAGGGAUGUCCUUGGAUGAGUGAGAGGGAAGAGCAGAGGUGAGGAAGAGGAGCUACUUCCUCCUCCUCUGACGUUGGUGUCUGAUAAUACUCAUGCUAAGUGUGUAUUAAGCUGCUUCUGGUGCUGCUUCAGUGUUAUGUGUGAGGUACAGAGGGGGGCACUUUUAAACAUUAAUGUUUUUACUACAAAUAUAUUUUUUAAAUCCACAACCCUGUCCUGAGCUCUAUUUGUGAUUAAUGUGGCUUCACUGGCUGUGGAAUAUACACUUUAAACGACCAUCUGCUUGCUAAAGCUUUUAUUACACUUGACUGUGAGGAGUAGUAUUCUAUUUUCACUUGCAGUCACACUACAGCCAGAGAGGAUAUGUGCAAUCUAUGCUAUGUAUGAACAUUACCUUGUGCAGUGGGGCAAUGACAGAUUCUGGAUUUUCCUAUGAAAACCUGGUUACUGCCAUUGCGUUUUGGUUAAGCUGUUCCACAGAUUCAGCUGCAGUAUCACAUAUAACGUAAUAGAAAAGAUGACAUUUUUAAUCACCAUUUUCAAAGAAUGCCUCAUUGAAAAAAAGACAAGCUUGUUGCUGGUUUAAGUCCUUUUGCUGUUUGCUCCACUGUGUUGGUCUUUUGUUGGUUUUAACUCAGUGAUUCUAAUGUUAUAGUGAUUUAUGCUAAGAGACCAGCAAGACCUUGCUGAUAAGGCUGUGGAAAACACACACUUGUCUGUUGCUGGUUUUUGACCGUCUUGGAGUAGCAUGGUUUCUAGUCACCAACAAAGCACUACGUAUGCUGGCCAAGGAUGCUACUCUCAGGCAUAUCAUCAUAAAAAACAGCUAACGACCAGUGAAUGCUUUUCUGUUCUGUUUUGUCUUUUUACAAGUUUAAAUAAUGUCAUAAAUGGUGAACAGUAAUGCCUUUUAACAUUUUUGAUAAAGAACUUGUAUUGGAAGGCAA